CUCAAUUCAAGCAGCAGCAGAGUUCUGGAAAUAGCAGAUCGAGCUUCAGAAAGCAGAGAAGCAAAAUACAAACUCCCGCCAUCAAGAUCAAGAUGGUCGCCAUCCGCCGCAAAGCCUCCUUCUCCCACGAGAGCGAGGUGGGUGAUACCAUCCACGUUUGCCUCUCCGAUCAUGAUACUAUCCACGUCCACGCUCCCAAACGCAAGCGCCGACGCACGACGAAACCGCCUUCAGGGAAGGCGAAGUCCCCAGCGUCGACCACAUACCCUCCUCUGGACCCCAACACCGGCGCGCCUAUUCCUGACCCGCUCCUUGACGACGUUUACCGCCGUCUAGCACUCUCCGAGCUCGAGGAGGAGCUUUCCAAAGCUGACGCUGCCGCCAGUACCAUUGAGGAUGGCGGUUACUCAGUCCCGACACACGGCCAACGCACCCAGCGCUUGCUUCACUCGCUCCUCCAAAAUGCUUCGCACCCCAAGACCAAUUUCACACCCAAUACCUACGCUGACGCCGACGCCGGUCCAGUGGAGGCUCUCUACCUCAACCAAGCCCAAGCCACCGCUCUAAUCGAAUCUCCCCACUACAAUCCCAACGUUCUUCUGAUCGUCCAAGAUAAGCGGUACUUUGAGCCUGUUCCAGCUGUCUCCCCAUUUACCGGCUCUCAAACCCAACCAAAACCGGUGGCCACAGCCGGGAGCAACACAGACCGGUCUCAAUACCGCCCAAUCUCCCUCUUCUUCAACCACCUCCUCCCCACUCUCCACCGCCAAGUCUCCGUUCAGAUUCCCGGCCAACCGGUGACCGAGCCGUCUGGGCAGCUCAGAACUUUGAGGUCGAUUCGCGCGCGGUUUCACUCGAAGGAGGAGGAUGCACAUGAGGGACAUGGAGAGAUGAAUAAGAAUGAGAGUGAUCCGUGGAAUGUAUUGGAUUUGUCGACGCCUAUACCUUCUACAACCCCUUCGUUUUUGCAGGGGCCGGGGAGUCAGUUGUUGAGAUAUAUCCGAUCGGAGGUGCUGAUGGCUGCUGGUUCUUCUGGUGUGAUUUCGCCUCCGCCUUCUCCUACGGUGGUUGAAUCGGGGCUGGUGACGCCGCCUGGGGAUAGUCGGGGGUUUACGCCUGUUCGUGAGGGGGGUAGCACUCCUGAGCUUGAGUCCACUGCUACUCCUGAGCCUAACGACAGUACUCUCCUCUCCCCUAACCUCACCCUCAACCGCCACUCUACCCCCGAUUGCACUUCCACUUCCACUCCCACUCCCAACCGGGCUACCACUCCCAACCCAGCUACCACCCCCAGCCCAGCACCACCACCAAACACAACCCCCACCACACCCCCCUCCAAAAAGCGCGGCCGCCCUCCCACCUCCACCUCCACCUCCUCUUCCCCAUCCAAAUCCACCAAGAAACAAAAACAAACUCCCAAAACCCCAGAAAAAAGAGCCGAACGCCUCCGCGCCUCCCCCUCAUCCUGGUCCGAAUGGACCAACGUCCAAUCCUGGUCCCUCCUCUCCCAAGGCGGGCACCACACCCCUCCCCAUUGUGACGCCUUUGGUUUCGACACCUGGAUUACCGUUCAGGAGGGGAUGGUUGGGUUUGGGUGGUUGUCUACCGCUUCGUCCACACCCGAAACAAAAACUGAGGUUUUUGGUGAGAGGGAAAACUGGGCGGCGGAUCCCCACCAUUAUGUCUCAGGACCAAGAUGGAGGUUUGUGAUUUUAAAGCCGAAACAGACGGUGUUCUUUCCUAGCGGGACUGUGCACUUUGUUUUUCGGCUUAAGAGUCAGGAUAGUUUGAGUGUGGGGGGUCAUGUGUUGCGGUGGGAUGGGGUGGAGAGGUGGUUGAGCGUUGUGCUUGAGCAGAUGGGGAAUGGGGAGAUUACGAAUGAGGAUAUGGAGUGGGGAGUGGUGAGGAGGUAUGUGGAUGUUGUUGGGAAAUUGGUGGCUAGGAGGGAGAAGGAAGGGGGAUCAUAUGGAGAGAAGAAAAAAGUGGGGGAGAGCAGGUGGGAGGGGUUGGUUAAGGAGUUUAAGGAGCUCUCAAAACGAAACAGAUGCAGGUAGAAGAAGUGGAUUGGAGACAUAUAGAGAAGACUACAGAGAAAGCAUGGUCGGCUCGCUUGCUUGUUGGAUGCGAUACGAUGGGAUGUAGACAGAAGGGAAGCCAUAUACAGGGUAUUAGACAGAAGAUAAAAAGAAAGACAAAAUAAACAGUAAUAGUAUCCAGAGAGCCGUCCGUGUAGUUUUCUCCCUGGUCG